AUUAUCGAUAGAUAAGAGCUCCUGCCACGAUGUUCGAGUGGUAUAAAAGUUGAGAGCUGUACGAAAUUAAUCAUUAGUUGUCACGGCAUUACUCGAACGAAAUGGAUUUCAACGCAAUUCUCGAGAAGACCAAGGCCUUCAGCAAGAAGCCCCCAACGGAGGUGUACCUGGAGUUCUACGGCCUCUACAAGCAGAUCCACGAGGGCGAUAUUGCCAUUGAGAAGCCCGCCGAUGCCGAGGGUGCGGCCAAGUACGAUGCCUGGCUGAGCCGCAAGGGACUGUCUGUGGAUGCCGCCAAGGCUGCCUACACUGCCCUGUAUGAGAAGUACAAUCCCAUCUACGGAUAAGCUAUGGCUAGAGCCAAUAGUUUAUAGUUCCCCCGUUCCUGCAAUAAAUCUGUUUUUAACUGUUAA